UUCGCGAACCUGAUUUCCUGAAGCCUUCAUCUAAAGAGGCUGAGCGUUCAUCAGAAAUCAUGUCAACAAUUCCCCCACCACAAGGCAACGGCCUUCCCUCACAGCCACCGGCUGGAGCAACAGCACCCGCUGCCGCCGCGGCGCCAGCAGCAGCCGAUGCCGCGACAACGGAGGAGCAAGCCGCGGCCGACAGCGCAACAACAGCAGUAGCAGCAGCAGGAGGUGACGCGACAGCCAACAACACCACCACCACCACAGCGCCCGCCGCCGCUAACGACGAUGAACGACCAAACAUGGACAUCCCCUCGCUACCGGAACCCAAGCUUCCCACGCGCAAGGACGUCUCUCUCAAGGAGCUUCUGUCCAAGAUGGAUGAAUACGCGCCUAUCAUACCAGAUGCAGUAACAUCCUACUACAUGACUCGCGCCGGCCUUCCUCCCCCGCCACAAACCGAUCAACGUCUAGCCCGUCUGCUCGCCUUGGCAACACAAAAGUUUAUUGCCGACAUCGCCGCCGACGCCUACCAGUAUUCCCGCAUUAGGGCAUCCAACACCAACGCGAACAACCCCAUGGGCAGUCUGGGCGCCGCGGCGGGGUUCCCUAUUCCUGGACAACCGACCAAUCAGGCGGCGGGGGCGAAGGAUCAGGGCAGAGGUGGACCGCUGGGUAUCCAGAGGCCGGGGUAUGGUGGUGGUGGACAGGGUGGCAGCCAGAAUAGGACGGUGCUGACGAUGGAGGAUUUGGGUAUGGCGGCAGGGGAGUUUGGGGUUAAUGUGAAGAGGAGUGAAUUUUAUCGCUAG